CUUCUUCAAACGAGCGCGGAAUCGCGCCCAAGAACCAGAACCCCAACGUCGCGUAGGACAGCUAUACUGCUUGCAAGCCGAGCUAAAUAGGACGAGAAUGACUCUGUCUUUAUAAGUAUCUACAUCGCGCCCGUCCCCUGCUCAGUCGACUUACGCAAGCGAUGCCUCGCUCGCAGACGCUCGGAACGGCGCUGCUGCAGCUUGCGGCGUGCGAGUGCAGCGCAGGGGCGUCAACAUCAGCCCCUGGGCGACUUUCACAACAGACGGGCCUCUCGGCCUUUCGGCGAGCGUUUGCGCGGGAUGAUGCCUGCGCCCAGGCCGUCGUGGCCUCCGCCAGCGCUGAUGCUGUCACCAGCACCCCGGCCCCCACCGGAGCUCAGGUCCCCAGAACUGUUGGCUGCGGCCCUGAAUCUCUCAGCUCAGCUAGCGUUGAGCUUCGGCUGCUGAGCCUGGCCGGUGCUGGCGGCAGCAGCCAUGCCAGCAGCAGCGGCAGUGUGCCGUACCCGUUUGGCCCGGGGCGCAGCGGCGGGGCCACUGGCACGGAGGGCGGAGGGGUGGGCAGUGGGUGGCAGCAGCUGCAGGACCAGGGGGAGCAGGGGGAGCAGGGGCGACGGCGGGGCACGGCCGUGCGUGGCAGUAGCCCGCACCUCUUCCGCCAGCACCACCCGCACCACCCGCACCUGACUAGCCUCCACGACCUACACCACCACCGCCACCUUCACCGCGGCGGCAGUAGAACCAGCUCCACUGGCGGCAGUAGCACCAGCUCCACUAGCACCCCCAGCACCCCCAGCAGCAGUAGCAGCUAUGACCGCAGGCCUCCGGGUUACUCCCCGCCCUCCGGCUUCGCCCACUUCGCCACCGUCACCGCCGCCCCCACAGCUUCCAUGGUCGCCGCCGCCACCUCCGCCGCCGCCGCGUCAUCAGCACAAGACAACGGCCACAGCAGCGGCCACGGCAGUAGCGGCCUCGGCAGUAGCAGUCUCGGUAGCGGUAGUGGUGGCAGUGGUGGUGGGGGAGGUGGAGGAGGUGGUAGCAAUCAUGUCGGCGGCGGCUGGCGGGGCCGAGGCGGCGGCGGCGGCGGCGGCGGCGGCGGCGGCGGCGCCCAGCGGCACGUGCCGCCACGGGGCUCGCCGCGCUCGGGCAGCGGUCUGCAGCUGCAGCACCUGUGUGUGCAGGAGAUCCUGGGCCGGGCGCGCAUGAGCACCGUGUUCGAGGUGAUUGUGAUCCUGUCCGACGGGCGCACGCUGGAGCCCAACGGCGGCGUGACUGCCGCCGAGCUGCAGCUGCACAGCCGCGACCUGUCGCUGUUCGCGGCGGACAGCCGGCUCAGCCCGCAGAGAGCCACCAUAGCGGCCCGCGGCGACCGCAUCCUGUUCCGCACCGAGGCCAUAAAGGCCGUCAUCGAGAGGGACCGCGUCACACUCAUAAAGAACAGGCGUGACCGUGACUUCCACGACAUCAUCAAGCCCAUGACGCUGGUCAUUGAGGCGCAGCCGCACGUGCCCUUCGAGCAGUCCGUGCUGGAGGUGCUGCUGCACGUGACACUGCUGUACUUCGAGCGCCGCCGGGCCCACAUCGAGUGGAUGGUGGAGCGCAUUGUGGGCGGCUCGCGGGCCUCUCCGGCCUGGGAGGUGGCGGCGCACGGCGGCGCAGACGACGGCGCCGGCGGCGGCGGCGGCCCCGGCGGCGGCGGUGACGACGGGCCGGGCAGCAGCAGCGACGGCGGCGGCAACGGAAACGGCUAUGGUUACGGUUACGGGCCGUUGGGCGCGGCGGUUGGCAGCGUGGGCAACCUGAUUCGGCCGGGGGGUUUGCGGCGGCUGCUGGGGUGGUGGCAGGCUCGGGCGCAGGGCACGCUGGGUGCGGGCGACCCAUUCGGCGGCAUUGGCGAGUCCACCGUGCAGCAGUUCGCGCCGCUGGAGAAGGUGCUGACGUCUGUGCUCAAUGACGCGCGGGAGACGUGCGACGCGCUCAAAAAGUUCCUGGAGGACGACUCGGAGGCCCUGGGCUCGCUGCUGCUGUCCCUCCCCGCGCCCCUGUACGGCGGCGGCCCGGGGGGGCUGUACGGCGGCGGCGGUCCGGGGGGCGGCGGCGGGUAUUACACGCCGCUGCUGUGCCCCACUGGUCAGCCCCAGGAGUUCACACUGGGCACCUGCGACUUCGCCACGUCAGACCAGUACCGCGUGCCCGGCAGUAGUAGCGGCGGUGGCAGUAGCAGUAGCGGCGGCAGUAGCAGUAGCGGCGGCAGUAGCAGCGGGAGUGGCAGUGGCGGGAGUGGGGCGGGUGUGGGCAAGGCGCAGCAGCAGACGGUGGCCACGCCCGCAGCCGGCGCGGCCGCUUCUGUCUCCUACCCCUUUUCCUACUCGCCCGCUUCGUCGUCGCCUGCGUCUACAUCGUCGACAACCGCCGCGGCCGCGUCCUUCCCCCCCUCCAUGGUCGGUGGCGGCGGCGGCGCCGCGGCGGCGGCGGCGGCUGGUGGCGGCGGCGUACGGCGGGUCGUGGGCGUUACGGUGCCGCCCAUUGGCAGCCAGGACCCUGUGGCGAGGAGGGAGGCGGCGCGUAAGGAGGCUCUUGAGAACGCGGGCCGCAUCCUUGAGGCUUACCUGCGCGAGGUGGAGUCCAUCGUGGGAGCCCUGCUGGAGACGGAGGACUACCUGGAGAGCACACGCGAGACGUACCGCAUGCAGCUGGACUCGAGCCGCAACCACAUCAUACUGGUCAACCUGUGGAUCAGCGUGGCAAGCCUGUCCAUGAUGAUGGCAACCAUGCCCUCGUCAUUCUUCGGAAUGAACGUGCAGACCGGCUGGGAGGAGGCCCCCGGCGCCUUCCGCUCCAUCCUGACCGGCUCCGUGUUCCUGGCCGCUGCCUCCUACCCGGUGUUCAUGUGGGCAUUCACCAGUCGCGCCAUGAGGCAGAGCCGCCGUGACGCAGCCAACAUCGCGGCACUGCGCACGUUCCUGAUGCAGCACAGCGACGACCUGGAGCCCAUCGCCCACGCCAUGAAGGCCGUGUUCGCCGAGGCGGCACACACGCACGGUCACGGACACGGGCAUACACACGGACACGGCAGCAGUCAGCACGGUGGUGGCAGCGGCGGCGGCGGGGCCGUUGGGUUUCUGCUGGGCGGUGGGCCCGGCAGCGGUACGGGCGCUGACGCGGCGGCGGCGGGUGUGGCGGCGGGUGUGGGCCGCGACGCGUUCCGUCGCGGCAUGCGGCGGCACCUGCCGCGCCACGUGGCGUUGACCAACGCGCAGCUGGACUUCCUGUUUGACCACGUUGACCGGGACAAGGACGGUGUGGUGACGGAGGUGGAGGCGACCAUGCGCAGCAGCCGCAGCUACGCAUACCGCGACGCGCCCGCCGGAACCGGCGGCGGCGGCGGCGGUUUCGGAUCUGGAUCCCACAGCAGCAACGGUUCGUACGGUUACGGCAGCUACAACAACAUCUACGGCGGCGGCGGUGGCGGCGGCGCGGGCGGCGACGGCGGGCGGGUGCGGGCCAGGUCGCGGCGGCUGGAUGGCGCUGAUGACGCGGGUGGUGGCAGUGACGUGGGCAGUGACGGCGAGCCGCUGGUGGUGGUGGAGGCGGAGCUGUGGGAGCAGCAGCAGCGGCGGGAGGGGCGGGAGGGGCGGGAGGGGCGGCGGCGGGCGGGGCAGCAGCAGGACCAGUAGGGAGAGGGGGGAGGGGGAGAAGGAGAGGGAGGAGGGGGAAGGAGAGGGAGGAAGGCGGCAGGAGUGCCAGAGGGCCCGGUGGUGGUGGGUGGCGGGGGUGAGGUGGGCUGUGCAGCACCUGUGAACGUGUUGCUCUGGGGUGCUGUGCGCUUAUGCUUGGAGGAUGAAGAGCUGUGCUCAGGAUGGAGAGCAGACCGAGCU